CAAGGAGGAGGGGGGAAAGGGGUUGUUAUUGCAUCUUCAGAGCUAAGCAUCACUGCUGGACAAUUAUGACACAGAAAUAUCAUAAAGACUGAACAUCGAAGAAAGUAAGCACUGCCAAAUUGCCUCAGAAUGGAUAUACUGACCAGAGUUUUUUUUUUUUUUUUUAAAUCACAGGGAAAGGUUAAGUAGUCCCAUAUUGAUGAAUAGUGAAGAAAGAUGCAGUACAGCUAUAAGGAGUGAAACGAAAGCAGUGAUCUGGCAACGAUACAGAAUAUGGAUCAAAACAAAUUUAUACAGCUCAGAGGAAGCAGAGAAAGGGAAACAGGACUAAAAUGAUUUCCUGACAAAGCAACAGAGGAAUCAGCAGUAACGAUAAGACAACAAUUUGUGAAUUUGUACAAAAGGCGGCUGCUAGAUUGGAGCAACAGAUACAAUGGAAAAUUUGAACAAGAUACAAUGGAGAAAUUAAUGUUUAUUUCAAGAGUACAGGGCAAGCUGAAACUAUGGACAAAACCACAAAGAAUCUGAUACAAAACAUGUUAUUCUGGCACAAGUGUGCCAGUGAUCUGUGAACUGAUUGUUCGGACCAUGCUCAUCAUUACUCGAAAGGAAGUAGAUGGGCAAUUGCCAAUAUUCAGAGACGAUGCCUGGACCAGACAGUUAUGGCGUGUCUAACCCAGUGGACUCUACAAGCAUGUUUACGACCAGCAGAAUGCAUGCAACCCCAAUUCAGUUCUUCAACACUUCAGAAACAAACAAAAUCUUCUAUCUGACAAUUACAGAGGAAUCCAAGCUCACCAGUGUAUUUAUCAGCUCAAACUUUUUAAAAGGAGAUCGGUCGAACGAUGGACUACGGUGGGCAGCGCUACUAAUUUUACUAGUGAUCAUACCCACCAUUGGAGGCAAUAUUCUUGUUAUUUUAGCAGUUUCUCUCGAGAAGAAACUACAGAAUGCCACCAACUACUUCCUCAUGUCACUUGCAGUAGCGGACAUGUUGGUUGGACUUUUGGUGAUGCCUAUCGCUCUUCUAAACAUUCUGUUCAAUUCUGAGUGGCCGUUACCCUGCGAGAUAUGCCCCAUCUGGAUAUCCUUGGAUGUUCUUUUAUCCACAGCCUCAAUUAUGCAUCUUUGUGCAAUCUCUUUAGACCGUUACAUUGCUAUUAAAAAACCUAUUCAGCACAGUCGCUUCAACUCCAGGGCUAAAGUUCUCAUAAAGAUCACAAUAGUAUGGCUCAUCUCCAUCGGCAUUGCUAUUCCCAUCCCUAUCAAAGGCCUACAGGACGAAACAAAUACCUUUAUAAACAAAACUUGCUUACUUAAAAUUGACAUAUUUAAAGAUUUCAUGAUCUUUGGCUCAUUGACUGCAUUCUUCAUCCCUCUUGCCAUCAUGAUAGUUAUCUACUUCUUGACAAUUCAGGUGCUGAGAAAGAAAGCUUACCUGAUUAGGGCAAAACCACCUCAGCAGCUUAACUGGACUACUGUCUCAACCGUUUUCCAGCAAGAUUUUACACCAAGCAAGUCUCCAGAGAAGGCUGCCAUGAUCAAUAGUUCACUAAAGAACAAGCCGUUUUCCUGCACACCUGAGAAUAUACCCAUCAGAAGACUCUCCAGUAUGGGUAAAAAGUCCAUGCAGAGCAUCAGCAACGAGCAACGAGCAUCUAAGGUUUUAGGAAUAGUUUUCUUCCUGUUUUUGGUGAUGUGGUGCCCAUUUUUUGUAACGAAUGUUACGUCUGCCAUCUGUACGAAUUGUGAUCAGAAACUCCUCGAAAACCUGAUGGAAGUUUUUGUUUGGGUGGGUUACAUCUCCUCAGGUGUCAAUCCACUUGUAUAUACUCUUUUCAACAAGACUUUUCGCAAGGCAUUCAGCCGGUAUAUUACAUGUGAAUAUAUAAGAAAAAAGGAUAUUAAAAUGCUUCGGAAGUAUUUCAGCCGGAUGUCAUUUCAAACAUCAAUGAAUGAAAACUCCAAACUAUUCAGUACAAAAAAUGGAAUCAAUCCAACUGAUGUUAGUCCCCUGCAGCUACGCUUGGGCCCUGUCCAAACCACAGUAAUGCUGGACACACUGUUAUUCUCUGAAAAUGAGAUGGACAAAGCAGAAGAAGCAGUAAGCUAUGUAUAAAAUAGUAUUGACAUCCUGUAUAAAGUGGAAGCUAAUCAGUGUGCAGAUUCAACAUGUGCAACAUGCCAUGACCUAUUAAACUUUUCAAAAAGAUAUAUAUUUACAAUUUG